AUGCUGCGGCGGCUGAAUCGCGCUCGUGGACUUGAUCCUCGUGCGCGUCUCGCUGCCAGACCGAACACAUCGUCGCAUUGGCACUGCCAGUGUGGUAGCUGCACACGGUGGCUAUCAUCCGCAGCUGCUUCGGCGACUGUUGGGGAUAAAUCCAUUGAGAACGAGACGACGAAAGUGACGCCAAUGGUCGCGCAGUAUCUCGCUCGCAAGAAGGAGUAUCCAGACUGCAUGCUGCUGUUCCAAGUGGGAGACUUUUACGAGUUUUUUGGGGAAGAUGCCCGACGAGCAGCUCAUCUGCUGAACUUAGCACUGACAAGGAAGACCAAAACGACUCAACACGCGCUUAGCGCAAUGUGUGGGUUCCCUAUUGGAUCCGUGGACUCGUUCGUAGAGAAGUUGGUGAUGCAUCAUGGUGUCAAAGUGGCGAUAUGCAAUCAAGUUGAGACGGCAUCCAGUGCGAAACGGAGGGGGUUGAACUCCCUUGUAGACCGACAAGUUGUCCGAAUCGUCACACCUGGAUCAUUGGUGGAGGAUACGAUGCUCACGCCGAAGGAGAACAAUUACUUAGCGUCUCUCUUUUACAAGGAGGGUGUAUGGGGCCUUGCGUGGGCCGACUUGUCAACGGGCGAGUUUGUGUCGACCACGUCCACGUGUGACAAGCUUUCUAGCGCUAUCUUGCGGUGCUCGCCAAAAGAAAUUCUGCUGCCAAGUCUGACGGAUGAGGUGGUCGACACAGUGAGCUCGCAUUCGGUCGACAUGCCUCCAAAUGCCGUCGCGUUGCUGGAUGCAGUGCUUCCUGACACGUGCAUGAAAACGUUCCGCCCCGCUGCUAGCUUUAUUCCACAAAAACCCGAUGGCGGGCGUCAAGGUCGUGCCAGUAUCGUCAGUGCCGCCGACUCACCAGAACAAGCAGCAGUGUCAGCGAUUCUGGACUACGUGCGCUUCACUCACCGAGGAUCGAGUGCCUUGGUUCGGGCACCGCUUCACGUCGAAUCUUCUGACCACAUGAUUAUCGACUCGAGCGCGUGGAGAGGGCUAGAGCUCACGAAGUCGCUUAGUGGCUCAAAAGCAUCGAGUCUCCUUCAAACCAUCGAUUUAACAGCAACGGCUGGCGGCUCAAGACUUCUUGCGGCUCAGUUAUCGUCGCCGCUGGUGAAUCUAGGGCUUCUCGAUCGUCGGCUAAACGCUGUUUCGUAUUUCCACGAACAAGAGCUUCUACUGCAACGCACGCGAAAACAACUAGCAGAAGUUUUUGACAUGGAGCGGAAUCUUCAACGGCUUUCAAUAGGCGUUGGCACCCCGAAAGAUCUGAAGAAUGUUGCUUCGACCAUUGAUGAAGCCAAACUCUUGUUUGAACUUGUAUGGACCAGCGAGCGUCAUCGAUGCAGCCGCCUCAUGGAUCCACUUGGACAGGGCACCUCGAAUUUACCAGCACUACUGGAUGAGUGCUGUCGCGACCUUGAUGCCGAUAAGCAGCAACGCGGGAAAAUCAAAAAAGCUGCGGACGAAAUUCACGCGGCACUCAAAGAUGAUUACGCAGCGCUCAACUCCAAAAGCGGGUUCGUUCGUGCUGGAUAUUCUCCAGAACUAGACAGGUGGCGAGCUAUUCUACAACAUGACCCGAAGUCCCCAGAAAAGCAGGAGUUGCAGGCCAAAUAUCGCGAACUGGUAGGAUCUACGCGGCUUCGUGUUGUAUUCCAGGCAGAGAAGGGGUACUUUCUUGAUCUCCCGCACGACGAAAACACGAAGCUAUUGAAAACCGAUUGUGGACGUCGCGAACUCGAGAAACUGACGCUAUUCCAGUCGAUGAAAAACUCAGUGCGAUAUCGCAGUGAGGAGUUGCGACAGCUAAAUCGGGAAGUCACAGAAGCCGCGGUGGAGGUAGAGCGUGUAGAAAACGGUAUCUUUGCGGCGCUGCGUGACCAAAUUCUAGCUGUGCGCAUUGAGUUGCAAUCCAUGGCUCACGCGAUCUCUCAGAUAGAUGUCGUCUGUUCUCACGCCCAAGUGGCUCUGGAGCGCAAUUUCACUCGACCAUUGCUUGAUGGCAGUUACGAGCUGCACGUUGAAGACGGGCGCCACGCAGUUGUGGAAGCAGCUCACCUUCGAGGUAAAAACGCUCGAAACAUGCGCACUUUUGUGCCCAAUAGUCUACACCUCGCAGCAGACCCAGUGGGGUCUUGCUGGUUACUAACAGGUCCUAACAUGGGCGGAAAGAGCACGUUUCUACGUCAAAGUGCGCAUGUCGUGGUGCUAGCGCAAAUGGGUAGCUUUGUACCAGCGAAGUUUGCUCGGGUUGGUCUUGUUGACAAGUUAUUUUGUCGUGUCGGAUCGACAGACGAUUUGGCAGCUGACAAAAGUACCUUCAUGGUAGAAAUGCAAGAGACAUCGACAAUCUUGACGCAGGCAACGAGUCGCUCGCUAGUUUUGAUGGACGAAGUGGGCCGUGGCACUGCUGUCAACGAUGGUAUCGCGAUUGCUGGAGCUGUGCUGGAGACUUUAUGCGCACGACAGACUCGGACGUUGUUUGCCACACAUUUCACUGCGUUAAACAGUUUGGUUGGCGGUACGUGUUCGGGCGAGCUUCGACCGUAUCGGAUGGAAGUCCUUGAGCACCGAGUAGAAGGCCAGACAACACAACUCGUCUUUUCGCAUCGUGUGGUUGAAGGCCUUGCGUCCCAAUCGUACGGUAUCAACACCGCGGCGCUUGCUGGAUGCCCGCCCAACGUGAUCGCGCGCGCGACGGAGCUACUGAGCAAACUUACGCAAGAUGAAGAUAAAGUACGAGUUAUAACUGAUCCAUGA